AUGCCAAUGCCCUCGGCAGCCCCGUCAGCGGGCACUUCCAGCAGCAGCAGCAGCAGCAGCAGCAGCAGCAGCAGCCGUUGCCGCCCCAGCAGCCGCUGCAGCAGGCGUGGCAGCAGCAGUCCUGGCACUACGGCGGCGGCGGCGGCGGCGGCGGCGGCUGCAUGGGCGCCGGGCCCUCGCAGGACCCAUAUGGUGGCACCGGGCCCUCGCAGGACCCAUAUGGUGGCAAGGGCGGGCUCUGCAACCAGCCUUACGACCAGCCUCCCGCCCAGUCCUAUGAAUACGACCAGCCCAGUGGGCCAUUCGGCCCCGGGUGUCAGGGCAGACCCUUCAGGCACGACGGUGCAGGCCACAUGGGCGGGAAUCAGAUUCACACUGGCCGCGGGGACGAGUCCGACAGUGGUUGGCAGUCAGGCAAAGGCCACAAGGGCUUCGAUCGCUGGAAUGGGCCCGGCUCGGGGUACCACAAGGGCGGGCCGUCUGGCAAGGGCCGCGAGGCAUUUGAUGGGCCAGCGCCGCCAAGCGAUCCGGCGGCGGACUUCUACCAGGACUCGCCCGCGCCGCGGCCGCGGGGCCACAGCGGCGGCGCACCGUGCGGAGGCGCGGCGGGCUACAAGGGGCCCGGGCCUCGGCCCCACAAGGGCGACGGCGGCAGGGAGGACGGCGGCAAGGACGGCAGGGGCGGCCACAGCUGCGGCAAGGGCCCCAAGGGCGGCUUCUGCGGUGGGCCGCCGCAGGGCGGCAGCCCGCUGGGCCACCGCGUCGCGGGCAUCAUCGCCCUGCGGGGGCACCCGCCCCACCAGCGGGCCUGCCUGGUGGAGUUCGAGGACGGCCGCCUGGGCUUCCCCGAGGGCUUCGUCCGAGAGGGCGACGGGUCCAUCCUCGAGGCGGCGCUGCGGCAGUGGCGGGACCAGUCCGGCCUCCACAACGGCUUCCUCUGGCGCAGGCAGGCCGAGGACAUGUGCAUCGUCGACGGGCAUCGGGACUGGCGCGCCGGCGGACCUCAUCGCCGAGUGGCCGGCCUCCGCGCACGACACCACCGACGAGGAGUUCUGGCCGGUGCACAGCCGCAGCAGCGGCAAGGGCUGCGGGCGUCCGCGGCCCGUGCGGGCGCAUUGGAUGCCCUGCGAGCAGGCGUUCACGCACUCCGGGCUGACCCCCGACCGCAAGGAGCUGCUGCGAUACGCGCAGAAGCGGCUCCACGGCGUCCCUGGCAGGGAUGAGCACGACAGGGACCAGGUCAAGGGCCAAGGCUGUGGCAAAGGCGGCUAUGGGUCCAGGGCUCCUGACAUGAGCUACGAUAACAAGGGUUAUGGCAGCAGGGGCUACGACAGUGCGCGGCACAGCAAGGGCUACGACAGGCCCCACGACAACGAGUCCUACUCCGAGAACUGGCGCGACGGCAAGGGCAACUGGAAUCGCAUGGGCAUGGGGGGCGGCAAUCUUGACAGAAACCCCCCGGGGGGCUACGGCACGGACCCUGGGCGCGGCGGGAGCGCCCAGCACCUGGACAACUGGGAGGCGCGCCCCCCGAAGGGCUGCGGCAAGGACCCCGCGCGCGGCGGGGCCCCCCGGAGCCAGGACGGCUCGGAUGCCUUCCGCGCGAAGGGCCACGGCAAGAGCAAGGGCCCCGACGGGGGCCCGUUCCCCGCCAAGGGCUGCGGCAGGGGCCCCGCGCGCGGGGGCCCCAGGGGAGGCCUCGAGGGCCACGAGGCGCUCGCCCCCAUUGGCCGCGGCAAGGACGCGGGCCGCGGCAAGGGCAAGGACCCGGGGCGCGGCAAGGGCGCCAAGGGCCCCAGGGGCCCGGACGCCGAGGCGCCGGCGCGCGCCCGGAGGGCCCCGGGCGCCGCGCACGGCGUCCUCUGCAACCGCUACUCCUCCUGCCACGAGGCGGCGCAGCCCGCGCCCGAGGGCGUGGCCUUCUACGGCGCCCGGCCCUCGGUGGGCUCGUGGCUGAUGCCCGCGUGGAGGGCCGCCGGCCUGCGGCUGGGGCCGCUGCCAGAGGUGGUGCCGGGCGUCCACUGCUUCGUGCCCGGAGGGGCGGGGGAGCCCUCGCCAGAGGAGCUGGAGCAGGCGGAGCCGGAAGAGCAGGCGACCGAGGGCGAGGAUCAGGCGGCCGAGGAGCCUCCGCAGGCGGCCGAGGAGCCUCCGCAAGCGGCCGAGGAGCCCCAAGAAGCGGCCGAGGCGGUGGAGGACCCCCCACAGACGGCCGAGGAGCUUCCACAGGCGGCUGAAGACAAGGAACUGACAUUCCAUGCCGUGGUGGCCAGGGAUGGCACGACGAAACUGGGCAUCGACGUGGAGGCCACGGGAGGCCGUCUGAUCAUCGACCGCGUGCAGCCGGGCGGCCUGUUCGCCCAGUGGAACGACAAGAAUAGCCACAAGGGCGAGAUUGGUGUGGUCAAGGCUGGGGACAUCAUUCGCGAGGUGAACAAUAUCGCAGACAACGCAAAGGCCAUGAUUACAGCCAUGCAGAAAUCUCAGGUGAUUGCAGUCACCAUCACGCGUAGCG